AUGGACCUCAAAGUGCCGAUCUACUUCUCGGCAGGUCUCACGGAGAAGGCUAACGACUACUACAAAAUGUUUAUUAAUUGGACAAAUCAGAAAAUCAAGCAGACUUUUGUGGAGCGUAACAUGUUUGAGUUCACUCAUAUCUCUGCGUUCGACAAUUCAUAUGCCGAUAAUCCCGGCCCACAG